AUGUCAAACAAUAAUUUUCCAGAAUUAUUUGGCUCUCUAAGAAACUUGAGAUUCCUUGACCUCCAUGCUUCAUUUGAUGGAGGAAGAAUUCCAAAUAAUCUUGCUCGUCUUUUGCAUUUACAAUAUCUUGAUAUUUCCUCAAGCGUACAAUCCCUCAUCAACUUGAAAAUCUCUUUCGUUUUGCAGUACCUUGAUCUUAGUUCAAACGAUCUUGAGGGUACAAUCCCUCAUCUUGGAAAUCUCUCUCAUUUGCAAUACCUUGAUCUUAGUGGGAAUGAUCUUGUUGGAACCAUUCCUCAUCAACUUGGAAGCCUUUCAAAUUUACAGGAGCUUCAUCUUGGAUCCAAUCAAGGACUGAAAGUUCAUGACAACAAUAACCAUGCUGGAGGUGAGUGGCUUUCUAAUCUCACUCUUUUGACCCAUCUUGACUUGAGUUGGGUACAAAAUCUCGAUUCUUCUCAUGUCUGGCUGCAAAUGACUGGUAAUCUUAAAAAAUUAGAAGAAUUGAAGCUAUCUCGUUGUGAGCUUUCUCUCUCCCAUUCAAUAUUAAAUUUAUCUAAUUCUUUUAGAAUCCUUGACUUGUCUGAUAAUAAUCUACACGUUCGAACUCUAGAAUCUUUUAGAGAUAUGUGUAACUUACACUCACUAUUCCUUGAUAAUAGCAAUUAA